GGCUGUCGCUCCAACCAGAAGAAGAAGCAGCAGCUCACGUUGGUUUGGUGUGAUGCUAGGAAGCCGUUUGUAGAGUGUUUAUAGCCGCCGAAGCUAUUAGAAGAACAAAAGGAAAUUAAAACGAUGUCCGCGUAACCUCAGCGUCCUUUCCCUUUGCGUUUGAACCGUGUGAGUGGGGCUGCUGUCUCUCGUGGGUCAUGUUCGUGCUGGUGGAGAUGGUGGACACGGUGCGGAUCCCUCCGUGGGUCUUUGACCGGCAGCUGAACGAAGCCAUAGCGGAGGAGCUGAACAAGAAGCUGGCCAACAAGGUGGUUUACAAUGUGGGUCUCUGCAUCUGCCUGUAUGACAUCACCAAACUGGAAGACUCCUAUAUUUUCCCUGGAGACGGCGCCUCGCACACUAAAGUCCACUUCAGGUUCGUCGUCUUCCACCCGUUCCUCGACGAGAUCCUCGUCGGCAAGAUCAAAUACUGCAGCCAGGAGGGAGUUCAUGUGACGAUGGGUUUCUUCGAUGACAUCCUCAUUCCACCCGAGUCUCUCCAGCAGCCGGCCAAAUUCGACGAGGCCGAGCAGGUUUGGGUCUGGGAGUACGAGACGGACGAGGGAGCGCACGACCUCUACAUGGACCAGGGGGAGGAGAUCCGCUUCCGGGUGGCGGACGAAGUCUUCGUGGACACGUCGCCGACGGGGCCGGCCGCUGCCAAGCCCGACGCUCCGGCGCAGCCCGGACAGUCGGCUGCACCGCCGGCGGAGGAGAGCGGGGACAAGAAAGAGGCUCCAUACACACUCGUUGGGACCAUCUGCGAGCCAGGACUGGGUCUGCUGUCCUGGUGGAACAGCUAGAGGAGGAACAAAGGGAGACGUGGGGCGACUGGGAGCCGCAGCCUGUCCAGUCCGCCGACGUCAGGGACAGUGGACAGAAAUCUGCCGGUUUUGUUACAGGAGCGGAGCGCCGUGCUGGUCGGAGCCACCAUCAUACCGACCGAGUGCUCCUGCAUGUAUUUAUUAACAAGAAAUUAUAUUAAUUUGAUUUAUACAACAUACAUUUCUGAAAUAAAAACAAAAACAAACC